AUGUCGAGUUCGAAUGCAAUUCAAGAAUCACAAGGUAGCUUUACUAUAGAUGAAAUUCAUUCGCUCACUUCGCCACGACGGCAAUUGGAACCAACAUCAUCAAAAAGAAAAAGUAGAACUACUUUAAAAUCUCCUAAUGUUAAUCGCAAGAAAAGUGAAUCAAAAUCUCCUUCUAGAUCAAAAUCAAAAUCUCCUUCGAGAUCCAGAUCAAAAUCUCCUUCUAGGUCCAGAUCAAACUCUCCUUCUAGAUCUAAAUCGAAAUCUCCUUCGAGAUCUAGAUCGAAAUCUUCUUCGAGAUCUAGAUCGAAAUCUUCUUCGAGAUCUAGUAGUGUUAGUAGUGUCGGUAGUAGUGUAAGAGCUCAAUCUAAAUCUCCAGUUAGAAAAUCUCGAAAAAGAAUACGUAGAUUCCUUUCUAGAUCUUCAUCUGCAUCUUCAAUUCCUCGAUCGCCUUCUGGGAAAUACGUAUUUAUACGAAAAGGUCGUGGACCGAAAGGGAAAACCAGUUUGAUCGAUAACGGAAAAGUACUUAAACAUGUCUAUGGUUUAAACACUUUACGUUUAAAAAUGGCUGGAAAUGAAAAAUUCAAAGAAACUCGUCCACCAGUUAAAGUGUGUCGUUAUUUACUAAGUCAUUGCGCUCGUAAACAUUUAAGACCGAGAGAUUUAAUUCCGAGAGAUACGCUCAUCACGAUCAAGAAGAAAUUUGUAGGAAACGACCGUUAA